CGAGGCAGCAGUGUGAGCAUUCAACUUGGGUUGAUGGUUUGAAGUUGCAGAAACUCCUUUAUGUUUUGGGACGGGAUUUGUUCUUGAAUGGAAAAUACGAAAUCAAAGAAUGGAAGAAGGAUCAGAAAGAAUUUCUACUCCGAUUCGGUCGCCUUCGGAGAAAGAUUCCAUCAUUCUUAACCGCACGAGCGCUUCGAGUUCGCCCUUCGGUUUUCGCAAGGUAAAUGCGCGCAUUCUUGACUUGUAAAAUUUUAUUUUGACAACAUAGAGAUCAUAUUAUUCUUUCCGAUCUUUAGGCAGCUCUUAGUCCUCCUACUGGCCUUCUACGAAGGGAAUCUUCUGGCUCUUUAUCGCCAGAAGGUGAUGCUUUCUUUGGCAGCUUCGAAAAUAAAGAAGACGAUGAAGACUGGGACACUGAUUUAGAAGUGGAAGGUAUAAGUAGAAAGUUUGUGGAAUUGUAGGAACUUAAUAUUGUUCUUUUUCAAAGUAAAACCUUAUUGUGGCUCGAUUCAUAGCAUUAAGUAUUCAUAAUUAUCAAUGAAAGAGGCUGUCAAGGCUAAUUGUUUAUUAGAACGUUUGGUUAUUAGGUUCAGCUGCCAAAACUGUACAUAAGUUUACAAUGCAACGUCCUUCAAAAAGACAAAUAGUGCUUAUAUGUAAGCUUACCUACAAACAUUUUGAGGCAUUAAUACAUAGGUCUGAUAGCUAGUGUGUUUCUUGUGCUAUUUUAUAACUUGAGAGAAAUAAAACUUUCCUUUGAUUUUGGAAGGGCGGACUCUACAUUAAUGAUAUAGAAAUUGGGAUCCCCCGAGAAUUGACAGUGUUAUGAAAGAAAUAAAGACUUCAUUUUAGUAAACAAUAUCUUUUAUUCGAGAGACUUGGUAAAGCUUAUGUACGAAAAAAAUAAACAUUUUUCCUUGAUUUGCGUGAAUAUCCUUUGAAUCGUGACAUUUUAGCGUGAAAAGGCAUGCAAAUGUGAGCUUUUCUUUUUACAGUUGCACACGAAUACAAUACUCACCUUUUGUUUUAGGAGUCUUAAUUGACGUCUGCUUUUCGGAAACUGGUCGUUUGUACAAAUUAAAUACCCCCUGGAGUAGACCAGGAGAUAUAUUUUACGUGGGUUAGCUAAUUGAACAAAACUGAACCAAAAAAGUCAUCCUGAUUUAAUGAUAAAAAAUGCUUUUUCCGAAAAUAAAAAAAAAUAUAUAUAUUUUUCCAUAUUUCAGCUGUAUGCAUGUAGGUGUAUGUGUUGCCUAUCUUUGUACGGCAUCUUUCCAGGCCCUCUCGGUCAAUGCAUUUCAGUGACUUAUCCGAGACGAACGGCUGGGAGACGCCUAGACAAUCUCGGAGUGCGCAUUUGUGAGCAUUUUUGCAUUUUUUAAAAGUUCCCCAGUCAACUGAAAUAAUCUAUAAAUAACUUUGCGCAUGAAUAUCCUUUGCUUAAAGAUCGGCACUAACCUGGUUUCUGUUAUCAAAGAACAAAAAUAUUACUUUGAAUCGGAAAGAAUACUACUGUAUAAUGACAAGUAAUUUGUCUUUUAGUUCAUUUUCAAAUGAUCCAUUAAAAUGAUAUUUCUUUAUUGAUAAAAAGAUUUGAAACAGUAGUUUGUUGACAUUGUACCAAAUUUAGAGACCAAAUUCAACAGCCUGUCCGAUUAGUUUGAUAAGCUUCCAAAUCCAAAAAUUAAAUUACAUAAAAUAUUUCGAAGUGAAAUGAUAACGAGAAAUUUAUAGGAGCAAGCGAAAAUAGAGAAAUGAAAGAUAGCUUUUCAUAUCCAAGAAUAAAUAUAAACUUAUUUCUUUAGCUUACCUUCCGAUUCUUGAUCAAAUAAUUUUUUUGUGAUGCUGUUUUGCUUAGCCUACAAAUAGUUUUUUAGAUGAAAUAAAGUUCAAAUUAGUUUAAUGAGAUAAAUGAAAAAGAAAGGCCAAAGGACUUUCAACAAUGAAAAUGUGCAUAGGAUAAAAAUGCUCGGUUUAACUCUUUAUCCUCUGUACUCUCCAUGGCUGCUGGACAUCUUUCAUCAGCGCGGAAAAGUUAUUGACAGCUCGCCCACUUCCAAAAGCUCCGCCCCAAGUGAAACAAAAUGUCUCACUUCUCCGAGUUUGUCUAGGCCUCAAAAACCUUCUCGGACCACGUGACCUGAAAGGCAGCGGCCACGCAAAAUAAUGAGUCCUAGGGACUAGGCAAGGCGUAUGUGCAUAUAUGGAUGCUAUGCUCCAGGUCCCAGUUGUUCAAAAGGUGGAUAGCGCUAUCUGAUAAAUAAAUCUUUCUCCAGUGGAUAGUGCAAUUGGUUUCCCAAAUACUUAUCCACUGGAGAGUGAUUUAUCCAAUGGAUAGCACUAUCCAAUGUUUGAACAACCGGGUCCUGGUAAUAAGAUAAAUUUGGGGUAUAUUUGUUAGUACGCCAUGGUAAAUACAGUGUGUGCUUCUCAAAGUUCAGUAGAGUUAGUACAUUUAGUGUUGGUGUUUUUCUUCCCCAGAGGGCAAAGAGGAAUAUGAUGUGACAGGAAGAGCUACAUACUUACAGGCUUGUAGGGAUUCAGGAGUUAUCCCAGUGUCAUACUUUCAUCGUAACAUGCAAGAACCUGAAGUUGAUAUUAAGCAUCAUGGUUUGGGUCCAAUGGGGGCAAAGGCAAUAGCAAUUGCUUUAGUGGUGAGCAUUGUUGAAAGGGAAAUAAUACACAUCGUUUUUGGAGGGGGUGGGGAAGGUCAGGCUGUUUAGAUAAAUCUUAGUCUGUACUCCUAAUACAAAAUAAUGUGCUGUAAAACCUCCCUUUCAGUCACCAUUAGAGGUAUGCCUAAGUUUUAGCAUCAGAAAACCAGAGCUGUUUAGGUCUGGGACCAGGAUUUUUUCCAGCUACUAUGAAUGUGACCUCAGUUUACUUUAUAAGGAAAACAGAAUAUAAAUAGAACCAAAAGAAAACUCUAGUUGUUUGAUUCCCCUACCUACUUGUUGCAUUUCCCCCUUCAACUUUAAAGCUCAGUGACAGUCCUGGAAAACUUAUCUUUUUUUUAGGUAUCAUUUUCAUAUUUCAUUGUGUGUUUGUAAGUUAAUUAUAUUAUUUACUGUUUUUUUCCAUAACUGGAUAAUUAUGAUAUUCAUUUUUUUUUAUAGUUUUUGUGACUUGUGAGAGAAUUGAGACUCGCAUAAUUUAUGAUUAUGAUUAUGAUUAUGAUUAUGAUUGUUAUUAUAUUCUCCACACUGCAUGAGACUCAGGAUCCACAGAGCUUAUACCCAGUUUUGUCUUUUUUGUAUUUUUGAAGGCUAAUACGUCAGUGAUCAAACUCAAUUUGGCUGACAACUGGAUUGGUGCUGAGGGAGCGGGAUAUGUUGCUGAAAUGCUUCGUGAAAACUGUUACAUUUCGGAUCUGGUAUGUGUCACAGGUUAUGUACUAAAUUUAUAAAGGUUUCACAUUUAGUAUUUGGAAAAUUGCUGUCAGUCACUUAGUACUGUGCUUACAUGUAAAUCAGAGCACUAAUCCAAGAUAUUCCCAUCCCUGUUGUAGUGUAGGGUACUGAGAGGGGAAUUGACAGAGGUAAGGACCUUUCCACUCUCCCCUAGAAUUGAUGUGGAAUCUCCCAGUUUUUAGUGAUCACCCAACUGUUCAAUCUUAAUAGAAUAAAACCUCAUUAGAUAGGCACUCACAGGACCCUCAAUGGUGUUCACACACUGUAGAUGUGUCUGCUAAUGGCAAGUAUUUGUUUUACUGUAAAAGUGGGAAUAAAAUGAUGCUGAGGACUCAUUGACAUUUGUCUCUGCUUAACCCUUUAUUUCCCAAGAAUGACUAACAUCAAUUUUCUCCGAACAAUAUCAAUACACAAGUUGUGAGAAUUGGUAAAAUAAUCACUUACAAAAGAAGUUUGUGAUUAAUUUUAAUAAUCUUUUUAGUAAAUCUUUGUGUAAAGUAUAGAGACCAAUCUGGAGUAUUUGUAUGUGAACACUGGGGCUUAUACACCUGGGUUUUGCAUUUGAGUUAUGCUCAACACACAUUUCACUGUGAUUACAGGAAUCAAAUGUGUUAGUCAAGUAAUCCUUAUUUCAUAAUUUCUUUCUCCUGAAGGACUUGUCAGAAAAUAAACUGGGAGUAGAUGGAGCAGAAUCACUUAAAGACAUCUUACUACAUAACUCAAAUAUCACCAGAUUAACUGCAAAUGGUAAUGUUUAUGACUUUAUUUGAAUAAGUAAUUGGUACUUUAAAAAUAGAUGGAUACAAGAUACUCUUAAUAUUAGCCAAAAGAAGCUUUAACCAGCUACUGAUAGCUUGCCAGUCAAGGACACCAAAAGUACUUGAAUUUCAGGUCAUUUCAGAUAGUCAUUGAGGUGGCUGCAAUUGAUUAAAAAAUAUACAAUCAUGUAUGUUACAGGUCAAAAUUAUGUUCAGGUCAGAAUUGAUUCUCUAUUUUCCUUUGUCUUCUAGCCUUACUUUAUGAAUAAUUAGUGCUAGGAUACAAAGGAAAUUGAGAAUCAGCCUAGGUUAAAAAAAUUUGACCUGUAAAAUGUAUAUGUGUAUAAGGGUGUAAAGAGUCAAUGUAGAUGGUUUUGAUGUCUUUGUUUUACACUAUUGUCUUCAACAGGGAAUGAGUUUGAUGAUAAAGCAGUUAAAAUAUUAGCUGAAGGAAUACAAGUAAGUUUCCUCUCUGUUGCACUCAAGAAGCUGUUGCACUAUAACCACCAGCAUCUCAAGCAAAGUCCUCUCACAUGUACACAUAAUUAUUAUUAAGUAUAUUUUUGUGAUAUGAUGUUUAUAAAAAACGUUUCUGACACUUCUUCAUUAUUUUAUUCUACAAUUUAUUUUAAAUCUACAAUGUAUAUGAAUUUCACUUACUAAAUACAACUUUAUGGCACAUACACCCCUCUGAGACAGGUACUUAACUUUGUAGCAUCAGUUAAAGUGGUGUCUAUCAAUCAGUCUGUCAAACUAAUAAAACCUUGAACAUCUACAGUUGUAGGGGUGUUUAUUGUGUUAAGACCAAUCGCAGCAAAGAACAGGACAUGCAAGCAAGCUACAAAACCACAAACUAGUUAUUUGUUGCUGCUUGCUCUUUGGUUUUACCAUGCCUGAUUGGCUCUUCCCUAGCAACACAAUAACAUUCCAGCAAUAUUUCUGGUGUUCACGGUUUUGGGAGUUUCGUAGUAAGAGUGCGUUGACCUUCUGGUAAUAAUUUUAUCUUUUGUCUGUUUUCUUGUUUGUAGCAUAAUAACAGAGUAAAAUAUUUGAGUCUGAGUCACAAUCAGCUAGGAGAAAAAGGAGGGCAAUACUUGGCACCUGCAAUAUGUAAGUAUACUGCAUACAAGAAUGGUGUCACAAAAACUUUAAUUAGGAGAUCUAGUGUCCAAUUCACUGCUCAGAGACUUUUACUUGAUUUUCUCUUUUAUUUGCAUAAUUUAUCAAAGCCAUCAGACCAGAUGUACAUGUAGAAUGCAAAACUCUUAAACCACAAAGGCGAUUUCUUUUGUUCUUACUACACCCAUUUAACUUCAGUUAAACUGCACGGAAGUAAGAUGCAGUCAAUGGUGUGCUGCCUUGUAUUAGAUUGGCUGAUAUGAAGGCUUUAAAAAUUGGGGGAUGACAGGGUUGGGAGCCCAGAAGAAUAAGGGGUGGGAGGAGUAGGGGAGGCAGAAGAGGUAAGAGCGUAGGAGUUCUGAAAGGGUGAGAAGUGGAAGAAAUGGAUGGAAAUUGUGUAAUGGUUCUUGAUAUUUUGCAAUCGAAAAAGGACUAAUGUGAGAAAGCCAAGAAAAAGGGGGCAGGAGCUGGGAAUGUGAGGUAUAAGAGAUGGGAAAUUUGGAUCCCCUGUCCCCCUGUCCCACUCCCAGUUACAGUUACUGUGUAUGAAAAGCCUUCUGAUACAUUGAGACUAGUCUAUGGUAUGUCACAUUGUAUUAAUCUUUACUUGAUUUUUUUUAUUAGCUGCUAAUGAUACAAUAGACCACUUGGAUUUAAGCUGGAAUCACUUGAGGAAUAAGGGAGCAUGUGCAGUAGCAUUAUCUUUAAAGGUUUGUUCAAAUGUUUUCUUCAUGAUUGCAAGCCAACUGACUUGAUUAACUAAAAUAAUUCAUGGGAAAUAAAUAUAAACAAACUGAAUGAUAGGCUCUUUUAUCAUUUUAUUUUUGUUUGAUGAUAGUCAUUUGUUAUUGAUCACAACAUUUCAACCACAUACAUCACACACAAACAUUUUAAACACAUACGUCAGGUGAUGGUCUUGAUUUGCUGAGAGAGAGUAUUAGCACUAACACUGAAUGAUGUCUCCUAGCCUGUGAGUAAGCUGUCCAUUUGUGGGAGUUGCGAGACGUUCCAGAGGGCAGCGCGCAGAAGGAGAUGCAAGUGCAAGGAGCCCUUUGCUGCUUGCUUGCUUGUUCUCUCACAGCUCGCCUCACUCGCCUUAAAUGGAGAACUUGCUGGCUAGCCUAUGGACACAGAUGUAUUUCCGGUCGUCGCUUCACUCCACACGAAACCCGCAAAUGACCGGAAAUACAUCUCUGUCCACAGGCUACUUGCCGGCAGGCUAGAUCUCUCCAUUACUAGUGCCCUCACUUUCAACUUCAGAAAUUCAGUAAUCCAUGAUCAAUUUAAAGGUACUUGGUAUUUUUAAGUGCAGCGGUGUCGUAAUUUGUAUUGUAAUGCAUUGUUCUUGUUUCCUGCAGGAAAAUAUUACCAUUAAGUCUUUAAACCUGGCAUGGAAUGGAUUUGGAAAUGAUGGAGCACUUGCCAUGGGUGAAGCGCUAAAAGUAAAUUCUACCUUGAAGGAACUAGAUCUGACGUGAGUGUGUGUAACUGCCAGCCCAGUAGUGUUGCAUGGAGGAGAGGGAAGGGGAAGGAAGGGGAGGGGUAGGGCAGUGGAAUCCUAAUGAGCCCUCUGAAAACUAGUCCACUGAAUUUUUGUCCCUUGAAGAAACUAGAUUUGACGUGAGUGUGUGUUACAGCCAGCCCAGUAGUGUUGCAUGGGGGGGAAGGGAAGGGGAAGGAAGGGGAGGGGUGGGGCAGUGAAAUCCUAAUGAGCCUUCUCUGUAUACGCUGUAGCCUUAGAAAAUUGUUCCACUGAGUGUUCGUGUUUUUUUUUUAUUGGCCAUUAGUUGACAAAACCCAAGUGGACCUUUCAUGUUUUCCUUUUGAAUGAAUCUUGUAUAAGGCGGAAAUAAAGAGAGCUUAAACCGACAGAAUGUAUAGGGCAGCUGUUGUCUUACAGUCUGUUCCUCGCCUUAACUGCAUUUAAGAACAUGGGUGUUAUUUCUGAAAUUUGGUAAGAAGUAUAAUUAUCAUUAUAAUUAACUCCAACUCCCUUGAAACGGUUUAUAAUUCUCGAAGAUGAACAGUCCCCUAAAACACACCUCUAGAGUUCGUCCCUGUCGUUCUUACAUGUAACUCAUUUUCUUUGACUCUCUAUAAAACCGUCACCUCCCUAAAAUGGACACCUAGAGUUGGUAUCUGCCGUUUUUCAGUCAUUUUCUUUCCCCUGCUGUAAGGCGAACGUUGGUCUCAACGAUUUACAUCUGAUAGAGAGAUUAUGUAACAGUAAGGAGAAUGAUUUUUCUAUAUGUCUUUGCAUUUUCAGAAAUAACAGAAUAACCGCAGAAGGGGCUGUUUAUUUGGCCAAAGGAUUAAUGGUUAACACAUGUCUUCAAGUUUUGAAGGUUGGCAUUUACUUUCUGUUGCAUUCUUGAAGAAAGUGUCCGCUGUGACGUUUGCUUAUGCAAUAUAUAGUUACUCUGAUGUGUAACCAGCAGAUGUUGCUCGGAUAUACGUGUAGUGCGUAUAUGCACUGCACUAUUAUCAAAGCAUGCAUAUAUGUUACUACGGUAAAUGGUUGCUCUUUGACAUUGUUUAGCAAUAUAGUAAACUAAUAUCAAUAUUACAAACCAUUUUAAUGACCAGGCCCCGGUUGUUCAAACGUUGGAUUACGCUAUCCACCGGAUAAAUCACUAUCCAGCGGAGAAGUAUUACGGAAAUCAAUUGCGCUAUCCGCUGGAUAGUGAUUUAUCCGGGCCGAGUUGUUCAAAGCCGGGUUACGAUAACCCAGGGUUACUGCGAGAUUUGAAUUCAAAUUUGAAAGCUUAAAAAACAUCUCAGUUUUUAUUCUUUUUGUCUACGAGUUGAUGAUUGAAAGCUCUAAAUACAGCAGAGAAAAUUAUCCGAGAAAAUGCUUUUGAACACAAGAAAAAGAAACCGGGGUUAAAUUUAACCCCAGGUUAAGCGCUAAUCGGCCUUCGAACAACUGGGCCCCGGUUAAUAGCGCUAUCCGACGUUUGAACAGCCGGGGCCAGCUCCCUGUUGGUUUGCUCUCUUAACUGGUUAAAGCGCUGCACCAGUUUCACAGAGGUCGGGUUGGGAUCCCGGCAACCUGAAUUUUUUUUGCAGGCUUUCUUUUUGCAACUGCGUAAGUUGCGUAUUUACCUGUGAUGAACUUCAAUGAAUUUAAUACAUUUAUAGUUUAUUCAUUAGUUUGAUUGCCUGUUAGUAUAACUAGUUCUGUCAAAUUAUGUUUGUUUUCUUCAGAUUGGGAAGAACCCAAUGCAAAGUCCUGGAGCGUAUGCUCUCGUCAAUGCCAUGAAAAACAACCCAGAAUCAACACUGGUAGAGAUUGAACUCACGGUAAGAUCACGGAAUGUACUGAAAAUAUAUGUGCGUUAUUGACCAAGCAGAAGGUCAAGAUAGCUGGCUAUUGUUUUUCCAUUAUUUAUAGACUGAGACAAAGUCGAGGCCGACAAAAGUAUGAAAAAAAGAAGAAAAGAAAAUAUCAUGGCAGUUAUAAUGUGCGCAACUUUAUCAGAUUCGAAAAGAUAACGUGGGAGAAAUUCAGGCUUGAACAGGAAUAAACCCCCCGACUUCUCAAACUCUCAAAAGAGUUUUCAUCAGUUUAAUUGAUAUUCGCUAGUGAACAUGUACCUCAAGGUCAGUCUAAAAAAAUUAGUUUUGCCACGUUGUUUUUUUAAACCCUCAUUUCAGUAUAUGGAAAUCGGAUGACCACUCAUCAUAUUCUUAUCACAAUAGUUAGUAUUAGCCAGUUAAUUUUAUAAUUUUUCCUGUACUUAAUAGCUUAUUAUAUAGUCUUUGAAAAGCCCCUUCGAGAAAUAUGAUAAAAUCAUGUCUGUCUGUAUGUAUAUGAUAUUUUAUUUACCUGAUUAUUUUUUAACUUUUUCUUUUUCUUUUUGAAAUUAAAUCUAGGAUAUCACUGUGAAUAAUGACUUCGUAGAGUUGUGCAAAGAGGUGCAACAAUUGCGACCCAACAUGAAGAUCAGACAUGGAGGUACUGGAGGCGCUGCCUUUAAACCAAAGCCCCGACCUUCUCCUAUGAAAAUAUUAAAGAACUGGAUAGAAGACAAUCAAAUGAGACUGCUAGACUUGUUCAAUACUCUGGAUAAAGACAAGAGUAUGAAUAUAACUGUGAAAGAAUUUGCGGAUGGAUUAAAGGUACUUGCAUUCGCGCUUUGCUCUCUGAUGAAGGAGGACAACAUUGAAAGUUUACCGUGCCGGAUCCAGACGUUGAGAUAAGGGAGUGGGGGGGGCGGUCUCCAAAACACCUUUUUUUGGACCUUAGGUUGAUCUAAAAAUAAGGGAGGGGGGCGGGCGCUUUGCUCUCUGAUGAAGGAGUACAACAUUGAAAGUUUACCGUGCUGGAUCCAGACGUUGAGAUAAGGGAGUCGUGGGCGGUCUCCAAAACACCUUUUUUUGGACCUUAGUUUGAUCUAAAUAUAAGGGAGGGGCGGGCAUCCCGUUGCUCUCAUACUCCCCUGGUGAUUCUACAACUAAGAAUCAUCUUUUAAUUGUAGAUGAUCAUAACAACAUGCGAAUGGGGCAGGAAACUCUAGAGCGACAUGUGUGUAGCCUGUGUAGCUGACGGGAUCGUCAGACUGCUUAUUGACAAAGGAGUUGUGAAGUCGCGUGGAGGAUGGGAAAGAGAUUUUGCUUCGGCGCUCGCUUCUUGAGGCUUCGUUGUCAAAACUCUCACGCGGGCGGACAAACAAUUCCCCCAGCCACACAGGCUAACGUGUGUGUAAAGGCUUGUUUAAAUCCUUGUACUGGAAUGUUACAUGUUAUUUAUACUUCUGUUUCAACAGGAAACAGGAAUUGACAUGAAUUAUUACGAACUGUAUAAACUAAUAGACAGCCUGGACAAAAAUAAAGAUGGUGAAAUAAACUACAGGUAAGCUUAGACUUGUUGUUGACGUUAUCAAACGUUAUUCAUAGGAUAAAAGGUUUAAAGGUUAAAGUUAGUUCAGUGAAAUAAUAAUGUUUCUAUGAGCAAAAAAAAAUAAGUUGGUUAUUGGCUACGAAGAGGGGUGGGGAUUAAGGGACGGGUCCCGAAAAUUCAGAAGUGGGAACACUUGCCAGCCAUAUAGAUACUUUUUUUUUCGCUUUAUUUUUUUUGCGGGGGGUGGUCCCCUCGAACCACCCCUAAAUCCGCUCUGGGAUUUUCCUCCCUUUAGGAGGUUAUAGGUGCUCAUUCAUUAGGCAGAUUUAGCAAAGCAAACGUGACGAAAGUGACGAGUGCGCGCGCAGAUAUAGAAACUCAAUUGACCAGUAGCUGAGUGGCAAAUUAAGCACCGUGAAUCGCAUUCAGUCCUGUCCCCACACUCUCUCAUUUGACGUCACGUUGACGUGGUAAAUCUGCCUAUUGACUAAAAGAUACGCAAAUAUCUUUAAGUUGCAAGGAAUCUUCGACAUUUUUGCGUUUCGAUGUCCGCCUAGCGAGACAGUGAAUACAGCCCUCUCUUCCAGCUUAUCGCCCACGUUUUGUAUACGCUGUCUAUAAGAAUAUUUGUUGAAAUUUUGUCACCACCAGAAUGGAACACACACUAAUUUGAUUCCUUACUGUACAAUCUGGGGUCUACAAUGAUAUAAUGUUUUGCUUGGUGGAAGCCUGCUAAUACCGUCGUUUCUCUCGCGGAACGUUCCUAGCGGAGAGCAGCGAAGAGAGACGGCUGUAUGAAAUGAUAUCAUUGUAGACCUCAGGUUAUACACUCAAUGAUCAAUUUAGUGCACCUGUUCUAUUCAAGUUGUGAGAAAAUCGAAUUGUUCUUAUUGACAGCGUGUGUGAUAUAGACUACGAGUAGUCCCCCAUUUUCCCUCAGGGGUAGGGUGAUUUUCACGCGCGUUUGUGUUUCGCUCGCUCUACUAUCCCUGAGGAAAAAUGUGGGACUACUCGUAGUCUAUGUGUGAUAUACCACUCCCUUGACUUGGUUGUAGAGCUUAGAUUGUACCCGGAAACACCUAGCCUGCGAACGGCAGACGUUUCUCCUCGCUCAUCGCCGCUGAGGGACAAACGAUGAGCGAGGAGAACCGUCUGCUGUUCGCAGGCUAGGAAAGACAGUAGGAAAUGAAAACGCCUUCAUGUGUAAAAGCUUGUUUCCCGCUAUUACUGAAAUAGAAGGUGAUACAGCUCAAAUGUGGGUGCGAUAUAUGACUCAAAUCAAACCAAAACCUUUUUUGAUGGUUAUUUCUUUCAGUGAACUGGUUAUGGGAUCCGUAGAGCAACAAAGGGAGGACCGGAAGGAAAAGAUAAAAGAAAAAGCGCAAAAUCAGAGAAGACAAAGAGUUCUGUCUCCUUUACCACCACGAUAGCAAUCUGAACCGAAUCGCUUAUGGUGCCGUUCUCCUUCCUACUUACCCUGGGUGCCAGAGGCUUUUCAUGUGCGGUUUCCGGUACCCAGGGUACUUCCUACUUUGAGGAAUCAAUUGGGAAAAUUAGAGCACUUUUCAUCUGAGGCUCUGUCCACACGUAUCCCUUUUUUUUUAAAUACACGUCCACACGUAGCGUAUUCGAAUCCUUGACCCGUCCACACCAAAACGCUAAAACGAUGGAAAUACGAUAGCAUCCCUCACAGAGCAUGCGUAUUACUAGUAGUAAAUGAUGUAUGGCAUCAUCGUUUUCCGAAAAUCUCCGUUUUCGUCCGUCCACACGUAAACGAGAAUCCGGCGUUUUCAAAAAUCUCCGCUCUGGAGAGCGUUUUUGAAAAGAUAAGUUUUCGGUGAUCGUUUUCACCGGAUGCGUGCGGACCGUGGGCAGAAAAAAAAAUGUGCGUUUUCAAAUAAAAACGGAUACGUGUGGACAGGGCCUAAAGGAAAUUGCGAUUUAUAUUUGGGCGCUUUAUGAUGGGCUAGGAAAAUCUCACGCCACUUUCCUAGUUGCCUGCGUAGCAGACAGUCUAAAUUUAGGGACGGACCGUUAUUUUUUUGAAGGGG